AAAAUUGAGGCUUGGGCUUUCCGGGCCCUCGAUUUUCUCCCAGCCAACCGCUCCUUGUUGCCAUGUCGGAUGAACCCGCGGCCGGGGGCUACAGACGAUUGGAGCUGCUGCCGCGGAAGGGGCGCUCACGUUCCGCCUCGCCGACCUCGCAGCUGCCGGGGUGCAUACCCACCUGGGGCCAUGACUUUGAGGCGGCUGGGACUGGAACGCCGGUGUCGCGACGUUUGCGCAGCAAUUCUCCAAAGACCCAAGAUGCAUUAAAGGGGAGUAUCUCCUUGGGUGCCAGCCCCCGGCACCACCACAACGCCCACCGCGCCUUCGCCUUCGACGCGGACGUGCAGAGCGGCGGGGCGCGGAGCCGGAACGUGAGGCGCGUGGUGGCCAGGAACUUGGCCUCCAGCUGGAGCCUUGGGGAGGCGCCUCCAGAGGCGAGCGUGCCGAUCCCAGCGCCUUUCCGCAGCGUGAGCCCUGAGACGCUGACGGUGGAGGAAGCUCCUCCCUCGAGGCGCCUCAAGGCCACAGCGCCGCAGAUGCGCUUCGGCGGGAUGUCCUCGCCUCACAAGCGAGGCGUGCCGAUUCAGGCUUCGUUGCCGCCGCCCCCGUACGCCUCGCCUCGGCAGAGCAGCGAUGAGGCGGCGCGGGCCAUGGAAAUGGCCAAGCCCAUCAUGUGGUUCGGCGAGGCCCGCGAGCGGCCUGUGGAGUCGGCGGAGAGCUGGAAUCCCUUCUCGGGGUCCUCGAGGCCCGUGAGCCGCGCCGGGGAGUUCUCCCCGGACCGCGGCGCCGCGCGGCCCGCGGCUUGCGGCGCUGGACCGCCGCGCGGCCCGGGGAUCCAGGGCCUGGCGCACCGGAAGGGCGCGUGCUCGCCCCGGGACCGGAGGAGCAGCAUUUUCGAGGACCAGUCCAGUGCACCGAGGCGAACCGGGAAGCUCCAUGUCACUGGGCCCGAGACGGGCGGCAUGUCGGCUGCUUUGCAGUGGCGCGGCUAAGGCGAUCAGAGCUGCUCGCGAAGCGAAUCCGCCGGUCCUGACCUGGAUUUACAAGGCUCCAAACGGCCAUGCCUUGAUUUCCAGGUCCUUUGGACGACUCGGAACUCAUGUUAGCCCGCUGGUCAGGCCCCUGCAAGUGCAGAGCUACAGAAUUGGACAUUCCGAUUAUAUCACAGAACGUUCCACCAACCCAGG